UAUAUGCGUUUUACGAGUUCCUCAUGUCCUUCAAUUGUGUGUCAGUAAUGGAAGAUUAAAUGAGCAGCGACGCAGUUGAUGAAGUGGAGACAUGGCUGCGGCUGGAACGCAUCUCUGUUGGCUUUGCGUCGCUUCGCUGGCGUUUCUUGGCUUCUUGCUUGUUAGCGUCUCGGAAGACACAAUUGGUGACAGCAGCAAAGACACAUUGCAGGGAAGACUUGGCAGCGCAAAAUUUUUGCCUUGUCUCAACGCCACUAUCAUAGGAAAUGAUUCUAUAAUGUUUGUGGAGAGCAGCGGAAAGUCCAACCUCGACGGUCGAACGUCAUGUGCCCUGGAGUCAACAGCCAAGCAUAAUCCAGGGAGGACAGUCAUCCUUUGGUACCAUGGCGAACCCUUUCUGAACAGCAAUCCUUUCCUGCGGGUGCUGAAAAACCUCCCUAACGUUGUGUUGCAAAAUAUUAAGUUGGAGGAUACGUUCAAAGAUACUCCUCUGGAACCAUGGUACGCGAGGGGGAUCAUUAACCGGAGUCUAUAUCCCACUGUUCAUCUCUCCGAUGCCCUCCGCCUAGUUCUUCUCUACAAGUAUGGAGGAGCCUACAUGGAUAUUGAUAUCGUCGAUCUCAAGCCUCUCACUGGUCUCAAGAAUUGCAUCUCGGAAUCACAUCAGGACAUGGUCGCGAACGGCUUCUUGUUUUUCGAACGCCAGCACGCUUUCCUCCUGCGCUGCAUGCAACGGUUCUCACGGACAUAUAGCCCAGCCCGGUGGGCAGAAAAUGGCCCAAGAAUUAUCCGUCGCGUGAUACUAAACACGUGCAAGAGGAAACAAGUCAGGAGUGUCGUCGGACGUACGUGCGAAGGCGUCACUGUGUUGCCAAGAAAACUUUUGCUCCCGAUAUCGUACCACGGCUGGCGUUAUUACGUCUCUCCGCGGCUCGCUGGGGCAGCAUGGAAAGCUCAUAAUGAAAGCUACGUAAUGCAUGUCUUCGGGGCACAUAGCCGCAAAAUAAAGCUGAGAGAAGGCGAUGGAUCUGCAUAUGGACAAGCGGCCAAGUUGCAUUGUCCGAUGUCCUUCAGGACUGCUGUGGAACACUAUGGUGUUUUCUAGAGAAUUGCGUACUGCAUUCCUGAAGAUGUGCUGUUAUUGUAUGUGAUGCAUCCUAGGAGUGACUGCGAGGAUGUCGCCGCCAGCACCACAAGUCUUGCAAUGAACGUGGAAGCUACAUUGCAUCCAUUUACCUGCUUUGGGCAAAGCAAGAUAAUGCGCGUUGGUUUCUAGUGCCGGAGAAGUGUUAUGUCUACACAAAGAGCCCAGAUGUUUCGCGUGAGCAUGGUCGCAGUAUGCGAAGGGUUUGUAUGCCCCUUUGUUUUCCAGCUACGCGACCUCACAAGACCUCUCGACAUUACGUGGGCCUCUCGUGGACAUUACAAGUGGCUUUUCAUAUCCUGAUUUUAUAGGUACAUCCGCCAGAUAUGCUUCAUGUUGAAACCGUUUUUAUAUAUUUUUUUUUUGUUGCUCACAUCAUCUCUAGCCCUAAACGUACUGAAUGCAUGCUAAUGUAAUGCGACUCACUAUAAAUAUUCACCCAAUGAAUAAACAUUCGAGUCCGGUGUGACAUUUUGCGG